AGAGGACUAAAAAAUAUUCUACCAUCAAAAGAAGACAAACACCUAAGAAUGAAGAUCAAAAGUUGAAUAUAUUAACAGAAGUUACAAGGACAGACUGACUUUAAAAACAAAGGCCAUGUUACAUAGAAGUCAGAAAGCAAAUCUGAAAGCUCAUCACCCAUGGCAGAAGCGGCAAAGAGGUAUGCGGUUGUCACAGGCUCGAAUCAGGGGAUUGGAUUCGGAACAGUUAAGAAGUUGGCAGCAAAUGGGAUCAUGGUGGUGUUAACUGCUUUAGAUGAGAAAAUGGGUCUUGAAGCUAUUGAAAUUUUGAAAGAGUGUGGCCUCUCUGACCUUGUGGUUUUUCAUCAGCUUGAUGUAACGGAUCCUGCUAGUGUUGCUUCCCUAGCUGAUUUUGUCAAAACCCAAUUCGGGAAACUAGAUAUCUUGGUAAACAAUGCAGGGGUUAGAGGAACCAUUGCAGACCCUGAAGCUUUCAGAGCUGCUGUAGCUUCUGGUGUUGGUAGGGAUGGUGUGGGAGUCAAUUGGAGUGAAAUAAUGACUCAAACGUACGAGUUAGCUGAAGUAUGCGUGAGAACAAACUACUAUGGUUCCAAGAAAAUGACCAAAGCACUGCUUCCCCUCCUCCAGCUAUCUGAUUCACCAACAGUUGUCAGUCUUUCUUCUGGCAUGGGAUUGUUAAAGCAUAUCCCAAAUGGAUGGGCUAAAGGGUUGUUAAGUGAUGCCGAAAAACUCACAGAAGACAGGAUAGACGAGGUUUUGAGCGAGUUUCUAAAAGACUUCAAAGAAGAUAUGCUAGAAACCAGAGGAUGGCCUGCUUCCCUCUCUGCCUAUAUACUCUCAAAAGCAGCCAUAAACGCUUUCACGCGGAUCAUGGCCAAGCAGUACCCGAAUAUCUGCAUCAACUCUGUAAGCCCUGGAUUUGUCAAAACAGAUUUGAACUUCAAUACCGGAAUAUUAACAAUAGACGAAGGUGCUGAAAGUGUUGUGAGGCUAGCAAUGGUAACAAAUGGCAGCCCUUCUGGCCAUUACUUCUAUGAACAAGAAGUCUCACCCUUUUGAGGAUGACAGAAUCUUUCAAUUUCAUGGAAUAAAUAUCCUUGUUCUGUAUGCAAUGAUGAGUAAUAAUCUUUGAAUUUUCGUAGACGAACAAUGUAUCCUUAAAAAAUUACUAUGUUCUUGUUGCUGGAACCUGGUGAUCAGCCACACCUUGCAAAACGAGAACGCAUGGUUUCCACUUCCA